GGGUGGUACGGUUGCCUAGACUUAAUUCCGUCUCAUAUCACCCUCCAUAUCUACUCUGCCUGAUUACGUGCGGUUGUUGAACGCGAGAAGGGAGUGUGUGAUGAGUGAGACAGGAGCCACCACUGCAACUAGUCCUUUCAACUUUAAACGGCGAAGACUUGGACGAAAUAACGGGAUUUUAUUGCACUUGUUAUUUUUAAAUGUACAGUAGUAAAAGACAACUGGAUUGCGAAGUAGAUCGCUUAAGGAGGGGCAUUUAGGAGGGAGUGUGCCUACAGAAGUAGUGUAGUUUGUAUAUGCUAGCCCGUUAAUAGUUUGCUGGCUAUUGGAGUGCUAGACACUACACAGUCAUUUGUUGAACUAUGGCGCUCAAGGCGAGGGCUUUAUACGACUUCAAUUCCGAAAACACUGGGGAGAUAUCAUUAAAGGAACAUGAAAUAGUGAGUUUGUACAGCGAACAGGACAUUGAAGGAUGGCUAGAAGGGUCCAACGGCAAAGGCGAGAGAGGUCUGUUCCCCGCGUCCUACGUCGAGAUACUUAAUAACGAGACCGCGUCCACGUUUAACAACAGCACAUCAGAGGAUACUUACCCGGGAUCCCGAUACGACAAUAUUCCAACCGGAGAUUUCGGGGACACCUCAAAUAAAACAUUAAAUCAAAUUGAAAACUUGUCCAAAUCAUCAACAUCGUCUGGGUUGACAGCGUCCUCACCGCCUGCCCCGGCGCAGCAGCAGCGCGGUUACCAAGCCAGCCAGGGCAGCGAUGAAGACUGGGACGAUGACUGGGAUGACACCUCGACGGUGGCUGACGAGCCCGGGGUUGUUGGGGGAAGUCACCAGGGGGACUUUGAUGGCAACGGAUCGUCUACAUACAGCGUGUCAACAUCGUCUAUGUCCAGAAGUGGCAACGUUCAACAAGCCAAGAGCUCUGCCACGGUCAGUAGAAACCUCAAUAGGUUUUCAACAUUUGUGAAAUCAGGAGGGGAAGCGUUCGUGUUAGGCGAGGCAGCUGGGUUUGUGAAAGAUGGCGAUAAGAUAUGUGUUGUAACGGGACAAUACGGUCCAGAAUGGCAGGAAAACCCGUACCCCUUCGCCUGUACCAUCGACGACCCCACCAAGCAGACCAAGUUUAAAGGGAUGAAGAGUUACAUUGCCUACAAGCUGACGCCCACCCACACACAGAUCCAGGUAAACAGAAGGUAUAAACACUUUGACUGGCUCUAUGCCCGACUGGUGGAGAAGUUCCCUGUCAUCUCGGUGCCCCACAUACCGGAGAAACAGGCCACGGGGCGGUUUGAAGAGGACUUCAUCUCUAAAAGGAGGAAAGGGUUGAUAUGGUGGAUGAAUCACAUGACUAGUCACCCGGUCCUGUCCAAAUGUGACGUUUUUCAGCACUUCCUCACUUGCAACAGCAUGGACCAGAAGUCAUGGAAGCAGGGGAAGAGGAAGGCAGAGAAGGACGAGAUGGUGGGGGCCAACUUCUUCCUCACUAUCUCCACCCCCUCCGGACCCCCCUUGGACCUAGUCGAAGUCGAGUCCAAGAUCGACGGCUUCAAAGCGUUCACUAAGAAAAUGGACGACAGCGUGGUCCAAGUCAACGCCACCACCAACGAAUUCGCCCGGAAACAGAUCACGGGGUUUAAGAAGGAGUACCAGAAAGUGGGCCAGGCGUUUAAAGUCCUGGGCCAGGCGUUUGAGCUGGACCAGCAGGCAUACUCGGUAGGGUUGAACCAGGCCAUAGCGUAUACAGGAGAAGCAUACGAUGCUAUCGGAGACUACUUUGCAGAGCAGCCAAGACACGAUGUGGACCCUUUAAUGGAUUUGUUACAGCUGUACCAGGGACAUCUGGCCAACUACCCUGACAUCAUCCACGUACAGAAAGGAGCACUGACCAAGGUGAAGGAGUCCCAGAAGCACGUUGAGGAAGGCAAGAUGGACGCUCCCCAGGCGGACGGCGUCAACGAGCGCUGUGACAUCAUCUCCUUCGCCACGCUGGCAGAGAUCCAUCAUUUCCACCAGGUCAGGGUGAGGGACUUCAAGGCCCAGAUGCAGCGCUAUCUAACCGAGCAGAUUGGCUUCUUCCACAAGAUCACAGGCAAGCUGGAGGAGGCCCUGGAGAAGUACGACAACGCAUAGAGCAGAGAGGGGUUUGGAGGGACACCCCUGAUUGGUCUAGAUCUGAUCGGCCACUUUCUGAUUGGUCCAGAUCUCAGAUCCGACCCUCCUAUUAGGUCUAGAUUGUUCCAGAUCUGACUUUUUGACCUUGCUUAUCCAGCCAAUCAUCGACGUUACAGUCAACCGCCUGACAGCAAUACAAUCCACUGUGAGAAAAAGACAGAGAAACCUGGAUAGCAUCAAACAUGAGAUUGAUUAGCUGUCAUUAGCAAAGGGUGGCUACUUUGAAGGAUCUCAAAUAUAAAUUAUAUUUUGAUUUGUUUAACACUUUUUUGGUUACUACAUGAUUCCAUAUGUGUUAUUUCAUAGUUUUGAUGUCUUCACUAUUAUUCUACAAUGUAGAAAAUAGUAAAAAUAAAGAAAAACCCUGGAAUGAGUAGGUGUCCAAACUUUUGACUUGUCGUGUAUGUGGUCACCAACAUCAAUCAGUGAAUAUUAUUAUCAGGUUGUGGUAAGGUUACAGACCAGAUUUAUUUAUGUUCAUAUUGACUUCCGUAAAAGUCGGUCCCUCUCAUUGUUCGGGCGGCGUUCGGCGGUCGACGUCACCGGUCUUCAAGCCGUCGCCGCUCCACUUUUCAUUUUCCAUUUGUUUUGUCUUGGUUUUCCGCACACCUGGUUCACAUUCCCUCAUCUGACUAAAUGUAUUUUACCCUCUGUCCCCCCCCCCCACAUGUCUGUGUGUGGAAUUGUUUGUUUGUUACGUGUGGUUCGCAUCAGGCUGGUUUGCGCCGGGUGUUUUGUUUAUUGUACCGUUUGUGUACCUUGGGCAUGAAUAAAGUGUGUCUGUUAUCACCCA